GGAACCGGUCGGUCGUGUGAACCAAAGUCGCGUAUCCGAACGCAAUGCCGCGUUUAUUUACCGAACUUUUCAAAUUUCGAAUUGAAUGACUAUAUUUGUUUUUUAUACAAGAAUGGCGAAUGAAUUGAAGCGUACCGCUUGAAAUUGUAAACAUGUAAAUUUUCGAUAGUGUGAGAAUUAAGUUUAAUUCAGUGGCAGUAUGGUGGAUGUUGGUGUUAAUGAGUGCGAUAACACCAUAAAUGGGAGGAACCAAUUUGUGUUUCUUGUAUUAGUGCAUUUACUACUUAUUGGACUGAAUGGGACAAAUGCUCAAAAUCGCGCGCCACGAAUCAAAGAACACCCUUCCAACACCGUGUCUGGGCGAAGCGAGCCGGCGACGUUACGAUGCGUAGUAGAAGGUCGACCCAAGCCCAUAGUGCAAUGGUACAAGGAUGGGUCCCUGUUGCCACCCGCCGAAGACGGUCACAGAGUAUCUUUAGAAGACGGGUUGCUGUUUCUAAGAGUCAAUCGAGGCAAAAAAGAAAGCGAUGAAGGCGUUUAUUGGUGCGUGGCACGAAAUAUUGCUGGCGAAGCCGUCAGUCAUAACGCCUCCCUCAAUGUUGCUGUACUUCGUGACGACUUCAGAGUUGAACCUAGAGAUGUGAUGGUAGCCGCAGGUGAGCCUGCUUUACUUGAAUGUUCUCCGCCACGAGGAGUUCCGGAACCAUCGGUACAUUGGCUCAAAGAUGGGCAGAUUUAUGACGUUGAAGUAAAUGGCAGGGUAACCGUAACAGAUACAGGAAAUUUAAAAAUUCUCGAAACUCUACCAACUGACAGCGGGCUAUUUAGAUGUGUAGCUUCAAAUAUUGCUGGUGAAAGGCAAUCAAGAGCCGCAGGACUUAUUGUUCUCAAACGGCCACAUUUUGUGGUGAAACCUAAUAACAUUACAGCUUUAGUGGGACAAACCGUAGAAUUUAAUUGUCAGAGUUACGAUUCGAGUGUAAAAAUAACGUGGGUUAAAGAAGACGGAACGUUGCCUUCCCAUGCAUCAAUAAUUCGAGGACUAUUACGGCUGGAGCAUGUGUCUGCGAGCGAUGCGGGUGUCUAUUCCUGCCGAGCUGACAGUCACGCUGGAACCAGCAUCACUAGCGCCACUCUCACUGUUAACUCGUUACCGCACUUCACACAGAUACCAUCCAAUCUGACCGCAUGGGAGGGUGAUGUGGUAUCUAUUCCUUGUGAAGCUAGAGGCUUACCUACUCCUACCACUUUUUGGAUAUUAGAAGGCAACCAAGAUUCAUUGCUCUUUCCUGAAUGUACGAAAAGUAACACCAGUUUGUUAUAUUUGGACGGAGCAAAAGUAGAACACAGUGGAAGGGUAAUUUGCACAGCGGUUAAUGCGGCCGGAAGCAUAAUGCAAGAAGCUUAUCUCACCGUUCUUAAGAAAGAUAAUAAUGGUCUGAAAGAACCCUUAGAUGAAGAUUUAGCUAUUGUUUAUGAUAGCGAGGCGCAUAUGACACAAUACGAACUUGUUCAAGCGAGAAAGUAUUUACAGCAAAAUGUUUUAGUAAUGCGAAGGGUGGAAGCGUUGUCGUCAACUUCGCUGAAAGUUGUUUGGGAUGUCUUAACAGAUUAUAAUGAAUAUUUAGAAGGUGUCAAAAUCUGGUAUAAUGGAACAACAUUGAAUUGGCGCAACGUUACAAACGAAGAAAUAACAAUUCUAAACUCAUCUCACUCAGGCGCCAUAUUGUGUUCGAAUGGCUCAUUAACGAAUGUCGACAAUAGCGGAUCAUCGAGCUACAUUUUAUCAGGAUUAAUGGCUUACACGCAGUAUGAUAUAUUUAUAAUGCCAUUCUACAAGAUGUUACUCGGGAAACCUUCUAAUUUAAUGUCGGGAUACACUGAUGAGGACGUUCCAUCGGCGCCUCCCCAAAGUGUGACAGCGGGUGUAAUAAACGCAACUUCGGCGUGGAUACGAUGGGAACCUCCACCUGCGAACACAUGGAACGGGGAACUUACGGGAUACCUGAUUGAAAUUCGUGUCACCGGCAGUACCGGAGGCCGAGUAGUAGGUCAGAUGUCCUUAGGGCCUCGUACCAGGGCCGCCGCAGCCAGUUCUUUGAGGUCUGGUGGUAGAUACAGUGCUAGAGCGGCUGCCGUCACUCGCAAAGGUCACGGACCUUUUAGUACUCCAGCGCAUAUUCACAUGGUUCCAACGCAGUCGCAAAGACAUUAUGUACAGACAGAGCCACCGCAAGACAGCAAUAUUCCUCACAUAUUUCAAGAAACCUGGUUACUAGCUCUUGGUCUCACGUUGUUCACCGUAAUUGUUAUUGGAGUCUUUAGCAUUUAUUACCUUAAACGAAGAAAUGGAAUUCAGAGGAAGAAGACAACUGGUCAAUCAAUUGUCACGGCGCAGCAGUGUUUAUUGAAUAAAGACACAAUAUGGCUCCGAGACCGACCUGUCUUCGCUUCCAAUGAGCCUACUUUGGACAUGAGUUGCCAUCAGAGCCUUUUACAUGGAGGUCAAUCAACAAGUAUUCUAAGCGUGGAACCGGAGUACAGUCUGCCUCAAAAUUCUAUUCAGGGAUUAGAUGCAUCAAGCGUGGAUCGUUUGCGGCGAGGGCCGCCCGAGCCAUAUGCAUCCAGCGCUAUUUACACUGAGCUCAAUUUCAAGGAUAAUAACGAAGAUAUGAGAAACUGUCCAGAAAGGCGAUCCCAUAACAACAGCAUUGUUAGAUCGUGUAACGGAAGCCUUCAGUACUCCAAUGGAGAAUGCUCCACAUGUUGUCACAGUACUUCAAGUAGAUCUACGAAAGAUUACAGAGAACCGAGACACGAGAUAGUACAUAAUGAGAUUAACGUUUUGGACGACGAUUGCGCGUCCUGCCACACGAAUAGGUCCGGUUCAAGGAGUAGACAGGACAAAAGCAAAGUAUGUCCAUCGAAUGAUUUAGAAUACGACUAUCCGCAAUGGCACUGGCUCGGAAGGGAGAACAGUUUCAAAAUUCCCAUACAGACGAGCAAGCAUUCGAAUGUAGCGAGGUCGGAGCAGGGCUGUCAAAUAAAUCUAUGUGAUAUACUGCCACCACCGCCGUAUGAGAGUCCCGAAAACAAGAACAAUUAAAGCUAGUGUAAUAUAGAAUUUUAAACAACGCAAAGCAAUAAAACAUUAAUCACUUUUUAACUAUGAGUUAAAUAAUUAUUACAGAUAUGUUAAAAAUGUCCACUUUUAUAAGCAAGGAAUUGCUUGUUUGGGAAGUGUUCUAGUUAAUAAUAAAUUAUUAUAACCAGGUCACUUUUGAGAUAAUCAUUGUAGUGUACAGUAGUAGCGUAUAUCCUGUAGGAACCGAAUUUUCUAAACGUGUAUCUCGUAACUUAUUCCUAUCGAUAUUCUAGUCACGCUAUAUAGGACUAGCUUAACAUUUGAUAAACAUAGUAUUUGCUGAAAAUAUCCCACAAAUUUUGAUACAUUUCAUAUGCAAACUCGAGGUUGUUUCCAUUUUGACUGUAACGUAGAUUUUAUGUAUAGCCCUGCAUUUCACUGCCAUAAACGUAUAGGAUUACUAGAUUAGUAGUUUAAUCUUUGACUGUGAUAUUUAUAUUAAAUAUGUGUAUUAGAAUUAUGUAUAUCUCUAGAUUAUAGUUUUUCAGGUGAAUACAAUUUUUGUUUGUAAUUAAAUAGAACUCGAAUAAAAAAUUGUAUUAUUAUUAAAAUAGCUAAAUUGAUUAUGUUGUAUAAAAACAAGGUUUGAUUUAAAGGCUAAAUGUGCAAUAAUAACAACAUCUGUUUAGGAAAUUAUGGGAUUGCAUUGAUGUAAGAAUCUUUAUUUCCUUAUUAAAAGGUCUACCUUACGAAUAUCCAACCUGUAAAAAUAACUAUUUUCCGACCCAGUUGUGUUUUACCUACCUUAAUUAAAUUUUUUGAAAUAUAACAACUUUUUAGCAACUCUUUUGUAUUAUU